ACCAAAACAGGAAGAGAGAAAUGGCAUCAGUGUUUGGUGGAGUAGAGGGUGGAGGGACACACUCCAAAGCGGUGCUGGUGGCAGCAGAUGGAAAGAUCCUGGCAGAGACAGAGGGACCGUCAACCAACCACUGGUUGGUUGGGGUGGACAAAUGUAUUGAAACCAUCAACGACAUGGUCCAAAGAGCCAAGAUGGAGGCAGGGCUGGAUCCAAACACUCCACUGUGCUCAUUGGGCAUGUCUCUGAGUGGAGGGGAGCAGAAGGCCGCUAUCGACAAACUGAUUGCUGACAUGAAGCAACGGUUCCCCACUCUGAGCCAGCACUACUUCAUUACCACAGAUGCAAUCGGAGCUAUGGCGACCGCCAGCAAUUGUGGUAACUAUUCUUCUUCUCCUCUUUUGAGGGGUGACCUCGGCCUGCCCAUCCUGUGUGUGGGCUCAGUGUGGAAGAGCUGGGAGCUUCUGAAGCCAGGGUUCACCGAGGUCUUGGAUAAAGUGGCAUUAUCUGACCAGUUCAAAGGCCGUGUCCAUGGCUACAGCCUCAUGAUUUUGCAGCAGUCUUCAGGCCUUGGCGGUGCGAGUCUGGGGGCUCAGAGUCUGGGCACCCCCAUAAGUAUGGAUUAUAAAGCCAACGCCAAAGUCUUCUACCAACACUCUUUUAACAGCAGCCAAUGAGCGUUAAGCUGCACAUCCUGUAGAUCUCAACCAUCAGUGCUCAGAUAAAGGGAAACUGUAAAGGUUAUUAAAAAUAUUACAAUCCAUAAUGGUAUAGCUCUUGAUCCGACAUCAGUGCAAGACGCCAAGAAGGUGAAAAUAUUUAAGAUAUACAGCUGCAGAGCGCCUGUUUUGACCAUUAAAUUUCAUAUUACUUUCAUUGUACUGUAAUUGCAAAUCUUUGCACCUUUACAACACUUGUUUACAUUUGACCGUAAUAAUUAAAAAUACUGUUAACUUGGCAGGAAGCUCGUUCAGGGUUGUAAUCUCUGAUCUCCAAGAUAAUUGAAGUUCCAUUUAAACUGUGAUCCAAAAAAACUGUUGAUGUUAUGUCUUAGGUAAAGCUAAAAAUUAUUAAAUUCCUGAAUACAAGGUUAGUUUUUUUACAUUUGGUUUAUAUAUUUUAAUGUUAAUAUAGCUGAAGAAUUCAACUCUUGAUUCAUCUUUUAUAGGCUUUCUACACUUUUGUUUUUCAGUUGUAGAUGGUGCUAUUACACUAACAUUUGACUUGUGACAGUCACAUCACAGUGUGAGUUUUGUCAAUGAUAAUAUAACAACUAACAAGAGGCAUUCAUUCUAGUGGAUCUAUGUGUACUGAGAUAUUACUUAAUACAUGUGGAAGACAUUCUUUAUUCACAGCACAAUAAUUUUCUUGUCAUCAAUUUUAUGUUAUUUUGUCAUUUUGCAAAUGACAAAGCAGCUCGAAUACACAGUAUGUAAAUAAACUGCAGCUCAAAUAUACUGCCAAGAGCAGAUAGAUGAUCUUUUUAAGGUGUAUUCAGAUUAUGGUGCGGAUUCAUAUAAUAACAUUCAUAACAAAAUCAUUGUUUACAAUGAAAGAUACAUUUUUGAAAAUAUAUUUCUGGAAUUAUUUGUCUGAAAUCUGACAGUAUUUUAUCCUUGUAACGAGCCAAUAAUAAAUUAGGAUGUUUAAAAUGAUACUCUGUACUUCUCCCACUGUCCGCUGAAUCACACCAUGUAAGAAUGCACUUUCAGCAACCGAAUAGUACAUGAACUAUAGUAAGAGUAACCGGAUAGGAAUGCAGAAGAUGUAGAGUCAUUUUUGAUCACAUAUUUUUCCAGAAUUAAGAAUUGUUAGAAUAAAUAAAAUUUAAUUAAAAACAGUUGCAGAAACAUUCUGCUGUCUC